AAAAAGAAAAAGCUGCUUGUUGUCGCAGACUUCACAGCCGCUUUCCACUUUUAUCCCCGUUAAACUAAUCCGCAAGAGAUUUUAUUGAACGGCAAGAGGAGUUGGGAAAGGAGGAACUGCCUUUCAACGCAAUUCAACAAGGAUUGUAUAUAAAAUAAUUUAGAAGAGUCUUGAAAUACACUGUAAACGGUCCAAAGACGCGGUGAAGUACUACAUGGGAACAAAUAACGUUAUAAAAGAACGGAGCGCAGAUUUCCUAGCAGAGAUCAACGGCGCUGGAAUAUAAACAUGGAUGGCGGGCAGCAGCGAUGGCUUUGAGGAAUUAAGGCCGAAUCUCUUCUCGUUUGCUUUCCUUUGUGCACGCCGAAUGAUUUUAAAUCUGCGUUUAUGUUAUUGCUUUUAAGACGUGACGUGCCCUUGUCUGAUCAUUUUGGAGAGGAAGUUGACGGGAUGGCUCCAGGCUCGCUAGCCACAAUGGCCCCUGCUGGGCCCAACAUCUCCUGGUUCCCAGAGGCUCCUCUGCUCACUCCAGAACAGCCCAUAUUCUUAAUGACAACGACGGCCCAGGCAGUGUCAGGCUUCUUUGUGUGGACAGCACUUCUACUCACUUGCCACCAGAUCUACAUGCAUUUGCGAUACUACAGCUCUCCCAAGGAGCAGAGGCACAUAGUGCGGAUCCUUUUCAUCGUACCCAUCUACGCCUUUGACUCCUGGCUCAGCCUUCUCUUUUUUACCAACGACCAGUACUAUGUUUACUUCGACACAGUCAGGGAUUGCUAUGAGGCAUUUGUGAUCUAUAACUUCUUGAGCCUUUGUUAUGAAUACCUUGGAGGAGAGAGUGCUAUCAUGGCCGAGAUCAGAGGAAAACCCAUUGAGUCCAGCUGUAUAUACGGAACAUGUUGUCUUUGGGGCAAGACCUACUCCAUUGGCUUCCUUAGAUUCUGCAAACAGGCCACUUUACAGUUCUGUGUGGUAAAACCCCUGAUGGCCAUGAUUACAGUCAUCCUACAGGCCUUUGGGAAGUAUCGUGAUGGAGACUUCAAUGUCGCUAGCGGUUACCUGUAUGUGACUAUCAUCUACAACAUCUCCGUCAGCCUGUCCCUCUACGCCCUCUUCCUGUUCUACUUUUCCACCCGAGACCUCCUCAGCCCCUACAGGCCCAUGCUCAAGUUCCUUAUGGUCAAAUCGGUCAUCUUCCUCUCCUUCUGGCAAGGCAUGCUGCUGGCCAUCCUGGAGAAGUGUGGUGCGAUUCCUAAGAUCAGCUCUCCUGAGGUUUCUGUCGGCGAGGGAACUGUUGCAGCUGGAUACCAGAACUUCAUUAUUUGCAUUGAGAUGUUCUUUGCCGCAUUGGCCCUGCGACAUGCGUUUACAUACAAAGUCUACAUGGACAAAAGACUGGAUUCCCUUGGCCCUGUUCCAACAUAUGGACAGUACGGUCGCUGUGCCCCCAUGAAGAGCAUCUCCAGCAGCUUGAAGGAGACCAUGAACCCUGGAGACAUGGUUCAGGAUGCCAUCCACAAUUUCUCCCCAGCCUACCAACAGUACACCCAGCAAUCCACCCUAGAGCAGGGAGUCACCGCACCACCCAUAUCCCGUAAUCACAACUGCUUGAGCGCCCGGGACAAUGAGAAAACCCUGCUGCUUAGCUCCGACGAUGAGUUUUAACUCACUCCCCAUCGUCCUGAGUCAAGGUACUCCAUAAGGGACUGUUUACCGCUGUGGCAGUGUAAUGAUGAGGUUAAGAUAACAUAGGAACAGGUUAUUAAAGGACCAUCUUAAGCAAGUAGUGACGCUCUAGCGCAGUAGAAUAUGAAAUUAAGCUGCUUAUACUUGCUUAGUUGUUAAAACAGACUUUAAUGAUGCGCUUUUGUCCGAUAAUGUUGUUUAUACAAAGACUUUAAUAAUACAUUCAUUUUUAGCCAAAUUUUGAAAUCCUACGUGGUCUGACUCUUCAACGUUUGAAUUGAUGUAUUUUUUGUUAAGCUUCUAGUUUUACAUAGUGGAUGUUUGGACAUCCCAGCAUAUUUAUAAAGAGCAGUGUAUUGGAGGGCCCCCCGUUUGGUGGGAAUGUUUCCGUUUCUGAUUUACAAGUUCAAGUGCACCUUUGCUUCCGUUUCAUCAGUGUUUAUAGCUCCCCCAGUGAUUUAAAGGGCGGUUACGGCUGUGAAUGAGAGAGCACAGCGACGGUAGAGGCAGUACCAGCUGUUUAAACACAACGUUGUUGUUUUGACAGAUGAAUCAAGGGACGGGGAGAGGUUGAUGGUCCACGAUAAGAUUACAGAUUAACGUAGUCUGGAUUAUAUGGUUGUAAUUGGAGCAUUACUCGCCUGCUGCAGAUUAGCACAAGCUUUCGUGAAAGUAUGAUCAUCCUGGACCACUGAAAAACAUCUUUCUAGGUUAGCUGAGAGGUUUAAAAAAUAGAUUUAGGUUAUGCUUUUUAGUGUGUGCUAGACUUCCACAAAGAAAGCAGUCGAGUACCAUCCGUGUGCUGAUGUCUGUGAUGAAAAUGCAAACUUUGUUCAAAUUUAAAGGGACAGUUCACCUAAUUCUGUCAUCAUUUGUUCUCCUCAUGCCAUUCUAAACCUGUAUGGCUUUGUUUCUUCUGUGAAAUACACAAAAAAUAUUAUUUAGAAUACUUUUGUGCAUACAAUGAAAACCAAUGGGGUCCAAAUCAACAUUGAACCCCAUUGACUAUCAUUGUAAGGACAAAAAAGAAAACAAAGAGGCAUAUUUCAAAAUAUCUUCUUUUGUGUUCCACAGAGAGUAAGUCGUACAGGUUUGAACCGACAUGAAGGUGACGGCAUUUUUCAUUUUUGGGUGAACUAUCCCUUUAAUAGGCAUUGUUCCUAGAUAUCCCUCUAGAGGGUGGCAUUUCUCACAGUUCAUACCCUUUAUCUUUAUGGGACAUGCCUGUUAUCACUGACCCUUUGAGAGCCACGCCAAAGUCUCUCCCAUUCUUUAGAAGCUUCCGCCAAUGCGCUUUACCUCUUCAGAUAGCAGUAGGCCCUUGAUAACCAAGUUUGAAGCUUGCAGUUGGUUAUUAGCACCUUUGGAGUUACUUAUUAACUGUCCUACGCUUUUAUUGGUACAAUAGAGGCCAGUAUAAACACAAUGCAGCUGGAACCAAGUACGAGUAUGUAUGGUACCUGCUUAUAGUUAUGUUAGUGUUUUGCAGUGUAUUCUUUGUAAGGGGAGGAAUUCUUUUAUUAUUAAUAUAGAUGUUAUCGUAACUUGCACUAAGCAGUUUUGUAUAUUUAGGGGAAAUCCAAAUAUCCUAGAAUAUUUUGGCAAGCUAUUUGUGUACCGUCGAACCAUGCAUUAUUAUUAUUCAGAGAGUGGUUUGAAGUAACAUAGAAAGCGCUGUUACGUUUAAAAAAUAUAUAUAUUUUGUGGAAACAUAUUUUGAAGUUACACUAAGACAUUCUUUGUACCGUCAUGUUAUUUUAAACAGAGCAUUAUGUAUUACAAUGUCAAAGAUUUGCUUCUAUUUUUUCCCUUGAUGCUCUGACCUAGGAAACAAUAAAGAAUUUUGUCUGUAAA